GCGCCUUGUGCUUCCCUGCCAGGUGUUUUCCCUCUGGCUUCCUAUGUCCUAUUACGAGGAGCAUUUCUUCAAAGAAUACCUGAAGAUGAUGGCGAAUAUUAUCGUCCUGAACUUGCUCAUUUGUAUUUCUCUGGCUUUCUGGAUCGUGUCCAUCACUGCAAGUACGUACUACGGUACUUUACGACCCAUCUCUCCGUGGCGCUGGCUUUUCUCAGUUGUGGUUCCACUAGUGAUUGCUAUACAGGGUUAUAAGAAGAAGAGUCUGGAUCACAGUGGUGCAUUAGGAGGAUUGGUGGUUGGAUUUAUCCUUACAGUUGCAAAUUACAGUUUCUUCACUUCUUUGCUUGUAUUUUUUGUGACUUCUUCAAAACUUACUAAGUGGAAAAAAGACAUAAAGAAAAAAAUAGAUUCAGAAUACAAGGAAGGUGGGCAGAGGAAUUGGAUGCAAGUGUUGUGUAACGGCGGUGUUCCAACCGAGCUGGCUGUCUUAUACAUGAUAGAAAAUGGACCAGGUGAAAUUCCAAUAGACUUUUCCAAGCAAUACACAGCAUCAUGGAUGUGCCUGUCCCUUCUGGGAGCUUUGGCAUGCUCUGCUGGAGACACGUGGGCCUCAGAGAUCGGCAGCGUCAUGAGUAAAAGUGAACCAAGGUUGAUAACAACCUGGGAAAAGGUUCCAGUAGGUACUAAUGGAGCAAUUACUUUAGUGGGCCUGCUUUCAAGUUUGCUUGGGGGCAUGGCAGUAGGUAUAACCUACUUCAUAACACAACUCCUUUUCGUGACUGAUCUGGAAGUAUCUGCUCCACAAUGGCCCAUUGUUGUGUUUGGUGCAGCAGCUGGCUUGCUGGGGUCAGUUGUUGAUUCGUAUUUGGGAGCUACGAUGCAAUACAGCGGCUUUGACCAGGAUAUUGGCAUGGUUGUGAAUCACCAAACAAAAGACUCCAAGCACAUAUCUGGAAAACCUAUAUUAGACAACAACGCAGUAAAUCUUUUUUCUUCUAUCAUCAUUGCUUUGAUGCUUCCAGGCAUGGCGUGGUGCUUCUGGCCCAGGGGUUGAAAUGGUUUCAGGUUUUCUGCAUGUGAUUCAUUUAUGUUCAGUCUUAUUCAAAGACUCGGAAGAGUUCUCUUCUAGCUCUCUUGAAGAGAGGGGUCUGAAACUUUCAGAGAGCCAAAGGACUUUCCAUCUCAUCUCAAGGAUGUAAGCCUCAUGUGGCAAUCGGCAUCUCUGGGGCAAGGAAGGGGGUUUGUCAGUAUGCUUUUGCUGCUC